GCCAAUAAAAAUAAAACUCAAAAGCUUCUCUCUUUCCCUUCCAUGGAUUCUUCUGCAACUCUCCCAAAACAACUCCACGCCGCCAGAAAACACCCGCCGCCGCCACAGCAGCAGUGGUCUCGUCGGACUCCGUCGUUCUCCUCCUCGUCCUCCUCCUUCUCACCAUACAAUUCAUCUUCCUCCCUCGAAUCACUGUUCGCCGGCGCCGACGACGUGGACGAGCCUAGCCCUUAUUCUCCUCUGAGAUUCUCCGGCGUGCCAUUUUCUUGGGAACUUCUUCCUGGAAUUCCGAAGAAACAAACAUGUUUCAGGAAGAAGCUUAUUCAGGAAUCUUCCAUGAAACUCCUGCCACUGCCUCCGCCAACUAAUACAAGUUCUUACAAUUUCAAGAAGAAAAACUCUCUCCCGAGCAUCUUUCAAAGAGAUCCGUUUUUUGCAGCCAUGGUUGAAUGCUCAAAGGGCGGCGACGAUCAUGAAGAAGAAGAUCAUGAUCAUCAAGUGAGUGGCAGAAGCAGUCCUGCUUUCUGGAACAGUAAUAAUGCUGCAAGCAGAGGAGGGAGAAGAUCUAACAACAAUAAAGGUUCCAGAAGUAUCAGUGAUCGUUUCGGAUUCGUCAGCAUUUAUUCAUCCUGCAAAAAUGCUUCCCCAGUUUCUGAAUCUAUAAUCUACCUUCCAACUUCAAGGAGAUCAAGGAGCAAUUACCAGCAUUUUAGUCGCAGGUCUCUCGGAGCUUAAUAACUUUCUUUUAUUUUGCUUGAGUUCAUGUGUAAAAACGAUAAGUAAAUAACUAGUGAGUUGUUAUAUAUAUAUAUAUAUAUAUAUGGUAUUUAGUAU